AUGGCUGAGCAGCGAGGCCGGGAACCCGAGGCAGAAUGCCCUGUUUGUUGGAACCCCUUCAACAAUACCUUCCACACCCCCAAAAUGCUGGACUGCUGCCACUCCUUCUGUGUAGAAUGCCUAGCCCACCUCAGCCUGGUCACUCCGGCCCGUCGCCGACUGCUGUGCCCCCUGUGUCGCCAGCCCACUGUGCUGGCCUCGGGACAGCCUGUCACUGACCUGCCCACAGACACUGCCAUGCUCACCUUGCUCCGCCUGGAGCCCCACCAUGUCAUCCUGCAAGGCCGUCAGCUCUACCUCAAAGACCAGCCCAAGAGCCGCUACUUCCUGCGCCAGCCCCAGAUCUACACCCUGGACCUGGGUCCUGAGCCCGAGAGCCAAGCCAGUGCCCCGCAGGACACAGCCCCAGCCACUGUCACUGUGUCCAUCCCCAGUCACUACUCCCUGCGGGAGUGUUACCGCAAUCCUCAGUUCCGGAUCUUUGCCUACCUGAUGGCUGUCAUCCUCAGUGUAACUUUAUUGCUCAUAUUUUCCAUCUUUUGGACCAAACAGUUCCUUUGGGGCGUAGGGUGA